UCGCUCGCUCGCUCUCUCUCACUGUACCUAUAUCUCUCUCCUGCUGUAUCACAGCUCUCGCGUCGACUAUCGCCUUUGUGAAAGAGCCUGAAAACUAGUUAAGCACUGUGCGCUCUUAUACACGGAAGACGCCGUUUUCAGUCUUAAUCUCUGCCAAUGGUUUAAUUGUUUAUCGACGAGCAUCGCCGUCAGCUCCUCAGAGCUGGUUUUCGCGUCAACGAUCGAGACAGGACCUGGUCUCGCUUCGACUCCGGGUACGGUGUGUCGUCGCUGAUUAUACGAGCUGUUCGGCUGUGUGUUUUCGCUGGCAAAAAUACGACGACGACGACGACGAUCCGCGAAGUGAAACAGCACCAGACGUGUAUAUAUACUCAGCGCGGACUCGUGUAUAUAGUGUGCCAUGUACCGUAGGAUAUCCACACGUACCACGAUAUCCUCGCAAGUUGAUGCCGAAUAAAGAUCAUGUAGCAAUGAUGGAUGAAAAAAUGUCUCCGUCGAGUCGAGAAAUACUAUGCACAGGCUUUUUCACCAACGAUGGGUAUCCUAAUCAAAAAUAAAUUAACUAUAGAUUUUGGAAUUAGUCAACAUUUUUCAAACAGAGCCUAUCUUCUACAACAUCUUUAUAGAAAAGAGCAUAAACAUGUUUUUAGAGCAAUUUCAAACUAUCAUCAGUGAACAAAAUAAAUCAUGGCGCUCAAAAGAAAUAGACUCAAUGAGCUCGUGAUUUGUCUUAUUUUUACAACAAUAUUUAUGGACAAUUGCUCUACCUUCGCUCGUAAUUUAGAGCGAUACGACACAGCUUACGAAUGCGAAGGGAGAACUUUAAAAAUUGAGUGCCCUCCAAAUGAAGUCAUUCGCUUAAUUCGCGCGAAUUAUGGAAGAUUUUCCAUAACUAUAUGCAACGAGCAUGGAGAUACCGAUUGGAGCGUCAAUUGCAUGUCUCCGAGAUCAUUCCGCGUGCUAUAUAACAAAUGCAACUCUAAACAAAAUUGCAGUAUUAUAGCAUCAACUUCACAGUUUGGGGAUCCUUGCCCUAACACUCUGAAGUAUCUUGAAGCACAUUAUCAGUGUGCACCUGUUGAAAAAUCAACUUUAAACACUUUUUCAGCCAUGACAACCACAAUCCGACCAAGUCAAUCGUGGUUCAUAAAUCCACAAUCAUCUAUUUUAGAUGUUGAUCCAUAUCCUACAAAAACUACGGUAUCAACUUGGACAGCUGAAACUUCUACUAUGAUGACACACUCUGAGAGAUCAUCUAUUGUGCUUCAGCCAACCACGACUAUACCAAGAUUGUAUAAAAAAGACUAUCAAACUAUAACUACAUAUGAGAAAGGUACGAAUGUGAUGGAACUAGAAGAGAAAACAGAAGAACCUAAAAUUAUAUCUGAAGUUGAUGAAUCGCAAAUAUCAACUUUGCUGCAAGCAGUUUCUUCUCCUCCUCAUAAUAGGCAGCAUUUGUUUCCCGUGACAUCGAAAACGUUAGGGAAAUCGAAUGCGUCAACACUGAAAUGCAACCUAACGAUUUGGUUAUUUUGUAUUUCAAUUAUAUACCACCAUCGGUGGCAAUAUCACUAAGCAGACUGUUAUUUAUCAUAGUAUCAAAUAAAAUGAAGAAAACUCAAGAUUCAGGGGGCAGGAAUUGAUUGCUACAUUUACUGUAAAAAAGUUAUUUUCAAAUUACUAGAUAAUAUUUCCAGCAAUUUCUCAGUAUUAUAACUUAAACAUCUUUUGUAACAAUUUUUUGAUCGCUGUGCAUUUAGUUAUCAAGUAUUUAUUAAAAUGAGCGCGUACGAAUGUAUGAAUGAAUGUUUGAGAAUGACUGAUGAUAUUAUGCAGCCCGGGUAAAAGGUCAAAGUGAUUUUAGGUUUAAAAUACAAAAGAGUUUGAACUGAUCAAUUAUCUUAACAUCAAAGAUAAUCCUGUAGAAAUCAGAAACUGAAAAUUUAACUUUUGUCUUGUAGGAUACUUUGAAUUACUAGAAGUAAAGUUUUAUAAUCACACUUUAUAAAUGUAUCGUACACAUAAUAAGGGGCUAUUAUAAGAAAUAUUUAAAACUGACGUAAAUAUAAAAAAAGUAUUUGAAUUAUUAUAGUUCUUAGAUCUAUGUCUAGUUCAGUAUAUAAGCACUUUUAACUUUUUAGAAUAACUUCAUUUACAACCUUAAAGGUCCUUCAAAAGCGUCUUUUUAUUGUAAAUGACUAUAUUGUACAUGUUUAUAUGAAUGAGUAUCUGCAACAAGAAUUUUGUAAAUGUUAGUAAUUUAUUUAAAUUUGAAAUAAUGUGACCGUAGAGUAAUAUAUAUCAAAGUUGUUGACAACAACAGAUAAACAAAAUUUACUUUAUUAUAUGAAUUAUUGGUCAAGUUAUAUCAAGUUACUAAAACUUAGAAUCAAAAUUGUAAAAAUAUAUUUUUUUAUCAGGAAUGAUAAAUUUUUUUUGUUAGACAUUUGUUAAUUAACUAACAGAUGUUUAACUCAAGGUACAUACUAUUUAUAAGUAAAUAGAGCAAUUUUUUUUACUAUCUAUUCAAUUUUAUACACUUUAAUGACUACGAAUACUGAUAAAAAGCCAGAAUUUCUAUUAUUCAACCAUGACUUGUUAUAAGUAUAUGAAAUAAACUGUUGUAUAAAUAAAAAAAAAUUAAUCAUAAA